AUGUUCACUGCAAUACCGUCGGGAUUUCUGUGUUUGUAUUAUUUGAACACAAUGAAAAGUUUUCAUCCAAAUUUCAGGCGUCUGCUUAAUUUGCUGCUGCUGCUUAAUUCAAUCAAGGCGCUGUACUACGUCUUGGGUAUAGGCUAUCAAUUUGCGAAACCGAACCAGAAAUGGCCCACAAACGAAAUGAUUGAUGUAUCGUGCAUCAUCGAAUUCGCCUGUACUGCUUGCACCCUCGUUAUCGUUAUUGAACGAGGCGUUGCAACUGCAUUUUUCCAAGUAUACGAAUAUAAGUACCACUCGAAAAAAGCAAUACUUGUCAUCUGGUCUAUUUGGAAACUUCUAAAUUCCAUUAAUCAAGCAGCAUUUGUUUUAUUUGCAGUGAAAGGGCUGAUUCUGGUACUUAUGCCGAUGGCAAUUCAAACAAUAAUAACGAUGAUUCUGAUGAUUGCCCUGUUACGUGAAAGGGCUGAUUCUAGUACUCAUGCCGAUGGCAAUUCAAACAAUAAUAACGAUGAUUCUGAUGAUUGCCCUGUUACGGUAUAA